AUGCGCGGACGCAUCACGAUUAUGGACCGAUUCCGAGCAACAGCCCAGCAGAGCAGCGAUAAUACCUCGACGCAACCUCGACGAUACACCCGACGUGAGAUCGCAUGCAUCAUGUUCGUCUGUCUGGCCUUGGGCGUGUCUAUCGGUCUCGGCAUUGGUCUCAACCUCCAUGUGCAGCUGAUGGACAGCUUUGCCGCAAAUCAUGAAAGCGACAAACAAGAUCAAAAAGAAGACAUUUCCGACGAGAAAAAGAUCAUGGAGCUAUUCAACGAAAUCGCACGCCAGCUAGACAUCGACGUAUCCUUACCCUUCCAAGCCGAAGAAGUGAAGCCUAUUUUGAAGGAAGCAAAUGACUGGAUGUCGAUGUCAGAGGAGACAUUCUGGAAAACGUACACACUAUAUUCCUCCAUUUCCCAUUCUACUUCCCUCCUCUUGUGUUCCUAA